UUGUUUUUAGUCUGCUCUAAAUAUUUUACGUUUUUAGAGCCAAAUUAACCAGACAACUCUAAAGCGCGCUCUCUCACUCUCUUCUCUGCAAUUUCAAAAUCCAAUGUCCCCAUUUUCUUAAUAUUACCCACAGAUCUACUAUCAAUUUCUCGCUCAUCUAACCCUAAUCCACCGACCCUUUUAAUCUUUUUUUUUUUUCCCUUAAAAAAUUCAACAAUAAUCUUCCUUUCCUUUUUCAUACUCAUUUGCUUAGCAGAAGCAACAGAAGUAGAAAGAUUGGUUUUUUUUUUUUAUUAGUCCUGCUUAAACCCUUUUCAACUCUCUUUGUUAUUUUUCAUUUUUUUUUCAAUGUAUUUUUGUUCAUAACCGGAUUUAGUGGUUCUUGAAAAGGGGUCAGUGCUAAAAGUUUUGACUUUUGAAUUGGGUUUUGGAAAGAUCAUGGAGAAUCGAUGUCAUUCAGAAAACGUUUCGGACCAGUUUUUAUCGAUGCAAAGGUCGGAUUCGAAGUUGAUCGGUGAGAAGCGGGAAAGUUGUGAAUUUGGACAAGAAAACAACCCAGGUCCUCGUAAGCGAGUUAAAAUGAGAGAUCUUGUAUCCGUGUGCAGUUCUGAAGGGAUUGAUGCCCGUAAUACAAAACCUUUUAAGAACGUAGAAGUUAUUGAUGAAUAUCAAUUUGAUGAUGGAAACAUGUCUCAAGUUACUGAAGUUCCCAUAACAAUGGAUUUAGAUGCUUCUCUGACAGAAAAAACCGGAAAAGAUACAUUUCCGGGACUGGUUAAACCUGUGCCUAGAAGUCUAGAUCUUAACAUGGAAAUGUGCAGUGCCAAAGAUGAGGACCAUGAUGAUAGUAAGGAAUGUUCUGAGAAUUCUGACAAGCUAUCCUUGCUUGGGGAGCAUGAAAUGGAACGCAAUACUAACUGCGCAACAUCUAGAGGCAUUGGGGUGGAUCUCAAUGCAGAAGAUGUUUCAAGUUCGUUGAACAAAGAUCCGUUUUUCCCUUAUAAAAAUAGCAAAUAUUUGAAGCCUAGAGAUGUGUCUGAGUGUGGGAGCUCCACUGGCCCAUUGGAAGAGAAUGAUUCCUUCAGACUUUGGAAGGAGAUGAAGCAAAAUGGUUUCCUCUCGCAUAAUGGUUUCCUAUCGUCUUCACAUGGAGGCAUACCUAUGCCAAAACAACGUGGCAGGAAAAGCAAAAAGGAUGUCCUCAAGAAAAAUAUGGAGCUUGCAAAGAGAGAGCAGGUUGACAGGUUCACGAAGAUUGCUGCUCCAAGUGGCCUGCUUAAUGAAUUGAACCCUGGGAUUAUAAACCAUGUGAGGAAUAGGAAACAGGUCCAUUCCAUAAUAGAGGCCCUUGUAAAAUCUGAAAAGCUUGAAAGUGACCAUGGUGGAAAGAAAGAAACAACCCAUCUGAAAAUUGCUAAAGAAAUUGGAAAACUGAGGGACCUGGAAAACAAAAAUGAUUCUGGUAUGCAGGGUCUCAGUUUCUUACAUGAAGACAGACCUCCAAACAUUUUUUCUGGGGGCAGGCUAACAAAAGUGCACUCUAUGUCUAUUAAUAAGUAUUCUCAGAUUCUGGAGGGCAAAGAUGGAGAAAGUGACCGCACCUCAGUAGAGAGGCUUUCUGGUAAAAGUGGUGCAUCACAAUCCACCCUUGUGAGCGGGGAUGAUACACUAGCAUUGAAGUUGUCAUCAUCAACUAAGGAUGAUGACAAUGAGAGCCCUUUGUCUCAUGAGGAUUCAGCAUCAUAUCUUUCUGUUAAAGCUGCUACCAUUGCUUCUCAAUGGUUGGACCUUUUGCAUCAAGACAUUAAAGGACGUCUUUCAGCAUUACGACGUAGUAAGAAGAGAGUUCGAGCUGUAAUCAAUACGGAAUUGCCUUUUCUGUUAUCAAAGGAAUUCUCUUCUGAUCAGGAGAAUAAUCCUUAUGGUAUGAAAAAUUCAGCUGACGGAUUUUGCAACAGUGCACCUGCAGAAAUGCAUCGGGCAAGGUGGAGCACACUGUUUGAUCAAAUGGAUAAAGCACUUUCCGAUGAAGAGAAACAACUUGAAAGUUGGUUGAACCAAGUAAAAGAAAUGCAAUUGCACUGUGAUCAAGGGCUGCAUCACAUCCACUGGAUCACAGCUUCUGGUAGUCAACAGUUGGGAACAUCUGACAGUGACAUGAGAUCAUGGAAAGCAGAUAGCUCAGACAGAGAAUUAGCUAUCAGGGCUGCUGCAGCUUCCAUUUAUUCAACAUGCAACUUUCUUUUGACAGAAAAUAUAUCCUGUUUCUGAUACCAGUCAAGCUAAUUAUGAUUUCUGCUGAUCAUUUGCCAAACUACUGAUAUACCACAUGGUUAAGGUUUCGCUGAGCCUGUAACAUUAGAAAUGGAGGCGUUUUUUUUUUUUUUUUUCUUUUUUUCCAAAUUUAUUUGACAGCCUUCAUUGCAUUAUCUCACUGUACUAAAUUUCACAUUGUUGAAUUAACAAAUUGUGAGAAAUUCUAUUUUUCUUUUUUCUUCUUUUUAGGUGUAUUGAACUGAGGACAAGUAUUAGCGGUUGAUUCUCUAGUUCUCUUUACCUUUUUUUUCCAUUUUUUUCCCUGGAAAUUAUGAGUACUGUGAAAUAAACCACUCUUGAAGUUUGAAGAAUUAAAGUAUUUUCUCCUUACAUAAUCUUUUACUUUCAGUGAGAAAUUUAUAUCAUUCAUCAUUUCUGUUUCAAAACGUCAGCAUGGUAAGCAUAUACUGUUUUAGGCCGAAUCAAAAUCCAUACUACUGCGAAGGCUGUUGAAUGUUUAUAAAUUAUGAUUAAAUCGAAA